AUGUCAGAGGAUUGUGAAUGGAGAUUUAAGGCUUCUAGCAUUAACAAAUCACAAAUGUUCAAAGUGAGAGAGUUCAAUGAUAAGCAUACAUGUCCGUUGAACGAUAAGGUGUAUGAGCAACGUCAAACAAGUAGUAGUCUUAUCGGUGGUAUGAUUAGGUCCAAGCUUACUAAUCAUAAGAGGAAAUACACCCCAAAGGAUAUAAUUGAUGAUGUAAAAUCAGAUUUUGGUGUUGAUGUUAGUUACAUGUUGGCGUGGCGGGCUAAAGAAAAGGCGAUGAAUUUCUUGAGAGGUGAACCGAUUGAUUCAUACAAUAAAUUACCAGGUUACCUAUACACAAUGGAUAUGACAUAUCCUGAUUCGCACAUUAGAAUGGUAAAAUCGCCAAAAAAUGAGUUCAUGUAUGUGUAUAUAUCUUUGCAUGCCUUUAUAAAAGGGUUCGAUCAUUGUAGACCCAUUGUGGUUGUGGAUGGCAACCACCUAAAAUCGACAUACACCGGGACAUUCGUCUCGGCCGGCACGUUGGAUGGUGCAGAUGAUUCAUAUGAUGUUAUUGAUUCAGAGAAUGAUGCUGCUUGGUCGUGGUUCUUUGAGCAAUUUAAGGAAGCAUAUGGUGAGAGGGAAAACAUGUGUAUAGUUUCAGAUAGGAAUGAGAGCAUCAUCAAAUCUGUAUCGAGAGUGUAUCCAACGGCUGAAUUUGAUAGUCUAAUGGAUAAGGUGGAGAAGGUAGAUAUUAGGGUGAAAGAAUACUUGGAAUUAGAUGGAUACGAAAAGUGGGCUAGGUUGUAUGCACUUGUUAACAGGGGAUGGACCAUGACGUCAAAUAUAGUUGAGUCAAUUAAUGCCGCACUUGUGUCAGCAAGAGAAUUGCCAAUAUACGACUUCCUCAAAGAAGUUAGGAAGAUGUUUGGACGUUGGAAUUGCAGCAAUCGGAAAGAAGCUUCACACACGUACACAAAGUUAGAGAAAAAUACCAGGAAAUGCUUUCUUUGA